CAGCAGCAUCGGCGUCGCAUGAGAAUUACGUAGACGCUCGCGUCUACACGAGGCACGAGCGGCUGGCACGCACCGGCACAGGCUAGCGUUCCGACACAGAUUAAAAAUGCUACGCUAAAAGAUCGGGUGUCGGUUUUUCCUCUCCCGCGAGAGCCCUGAGACUUUACCGGUCUACGUGGUCGCUCUUUGCCACAGUUUGGUGACCUCGGACGUGAUACUGCCAUACGCUCCUGUGGUAGAGACGACCAUGGACCAGACCAACGCUACGAGAGCUCAAGGCCAGAACCCUUUCGACGAACACGGUGAGCCCUCCUGUUCGGCCAUCGCCGUCCGCCUCCCACAGUACUGGGACCAGCAUCCCUCGGCGUGCUUUCUUCAAGCCGAAUCGCAAUUUCAAGUCGCUGGUAUCCGCUCUCAAGCCUCAAAGUUUCAUUACGCCGUUGCAGCGCUCUCGCCCGCCGCCAUUGACGAAGUAGCAGAUUUGUUGAACGUCCCAUUGUCUACCGCCGCCUAUGAAGAUCUCAAGGCCGCCCUGCUACAGCGCACAGCAGCUUCACAGCGUUCUCGCAUCCAGCAGCUUCUGUUCGCUGAAAAACUCGGCGACCGACGCCCUAGUCAACUUCUUCGCCGAAUGAGGCAGCUGCUCGGAGACAACGCGAGAUCCAUCGAUGACACGCUGUUGCGCGAAUUGUUUUUGCAACGACUGCCGGCUAACGUACAGAUGGUCCUGGCGACAGCCUCUACCAUGGAUCUUACCGGACUUGCCACUUUGGCCGACAAAGUCAUGGAAGGAGCCACCCCAACCAUCGCAGCCACGACAUCGUCUCCGGGUGACAAUACAACCGCCCUGCAAACCCUUCCCUGCUCUUCGGCAGUGCAAUCUGCGCUCGACUCCUUGUGUGUGCGCCUGGAACGCAUCAUCUGUGGAGCGGAACAUCGCCGCACGUCAUCUCGACGCCCACGCAGCCGCAUUUCCACUGUUCUCAUGCUUAAAAAAAUUCCAAACAGAACCAGUCUUGGGUUGACAUCUUCGUAA